CGGGAAGUAUUCGAUGGUCUCAGCUUCCGCAUGAACGACGAGCGGCACAWCUGCAGCGGCAGGGCGAACGAAAUGAACAAGUCGAAAGUACGASUAUCUUCAAUCUGAAGAAGAUCAUUGGCAAAACACACAAGCGGUAUCCAAUCCACAUCCACACAAAAAAACUUAGAAAGGAUGCUACUGUGCCUUUAUAUGCGAAGCGUUCGGUUAAUGUUUGUUGUUUUGUUCCUCACGUCUCUACAAGAUSAUCUAUUGAUUGCUGAGUCCUCCUUUGUGGGAAGAGGGACGUCYAUCUCUUCGAUCAUCUUCGGGAGGAUAAGACGCGGCAUCGGAAAGCAUUCACAAACAGCACGAAAUGAACAAUAUUUGAGCAUUCGGGGAGGGAGCGUCCACAACGAUUCUGAUGACGAUGACGAASAAUACAUAUCGCUUUUAGAUAAUGAUGGAAGCGAGACCCAGGAAGACAGUCGAAGAGGUGAUGACAAAGAAUCCCAGUUGUUCACCGAGAACAUCAAAGAAAUGCCAGUAAUUGAGGUCGAAGGWGGAGYCAAAGGAGGAGAAGAAACAAACUUAGGUCUUCUGACGGAAGAAACAGAUUCUGCUGAUAAGAUGUUGGUAGAGAGACAYAGAAAACCGAAUCGUCAUACAUCUGACAUCAUAUUAGAACUGGAUCGCCGCUCCAGCGUCUCCGGAAAUGACGAAUCGUUGGCUUUGCGUCAAAUGGUCACCGACCGGACAACGGAAUAUAUAUAUGAGCUACAGGAAGAGACAUCACGUUUACUAGACGCAGACGAUGCAUCAACAGUGAAAAUUCCACAUCCUCGAAAGCUUCUCCAUUCACUAGCCAAAAAGGUUCCGGCCAUCAAACAAAGUCCAGAUGUGAACCUCAGAAUACAUUCAUCACGAUCCGAUAUAGAUCCRGGUGUUGCGGCGUGCAUAAUUGGGAGGUUGGCUUUUGCUUGUGAACGAUACGARCAAGUACAAAAAAGUGCAUCRAAAGAUGGUUGUACAUCCAGCGACAACGGAGAUGGCAGAGAUGAUAACAACAAACAAGAAUCCGCCGCUCCCCAAUUGACUAUGGAUCGACGAUUCGAACAAUUAGUGGAGUGCGUAAUUUCAGGCGUCAAUAUUAAAAAGCGCAAGAUGGAAUCCUUACAACGACAAAUAGAUAAAUCAAACGACGAGAUAUCAACAGAUAUUGAGGAAGUUUUGGACGAAGAGGAUGUCCAUUUUGACGAGGGUUUGAACAUCCGCGAUUCAUGUAGGGCUGCGUGGGGCAURGCAAUUCUUGGGGCACAUUACCUUGACACUAUGGGAGGUGUAAAGSUGAAGGAUCUACUUUUGGCACUUUCGUUGCGGAUUCGAGAACUCUUGUUGGCUAGACUACAACUUCUCCGUCAAGGCGAUAUUCUUUCGUCAGACUGCGGUUUGUAUUACCAAGACAGCGUCCCGUCUGAAGAUCGACGACUAGUCACCCCGGAAGAUCGUCUAAAUGAACUUGCAGAAGAGUUGGCGGAAGAUGCUGGUGAGUAUUCUGUCGUAAGAAUUUUUUGUAAAACAUGGCAUCUUCUGAUUUUUCUCUCACAUGAAAUUUGAACAUCUGUUUGCAGCCUCAGCGAUGUGGGCUUUUGGAUGUGUGAAGGCAUGCACAGGAAUGAAAAGCGUCCCCUUGUUCGAAGCAUGCUGUUCUAUCCUGUGCCARGACCCAGUUGAUUUACGUCGUCGUGCUCAAGAAGGGCUGUAUGAACCGGAUAAGUAUCCAAKCAUCGGGAGUAGUGAUGUUGUCGAUAGAUUAGCCCAUUCCGAGGCUGUAGAAGCGGAGGAAGAUUCGCUGGAGAAUCACAAGAAAAUUGUAGUUGAAGAAUCGUGUAACUUUGACGAUAAAGAUGCCUUUCUUGAUUGGCUAUCACCUGUCGAAGUCACCGAUAUACUAUGGGCAUUAGCAUUGCAUGGAAGCAACACCACAUCACCAAAAGAUAAGGACGAGGUAACUCUAUCGGAAACAGCGUUGACACUCCGAGAGACGGCCUAUGAUCGUCUGAUGGAAUGGCUGAAAGAGGAUUUGCUYGAGAACGAAAAUGAAAGUCCACAGUCCAAACAAGAAACAUCAACUGAGAUGGAAUCGAACGAAGAAGACGUUACUCUGGUGGAGGUGGUAGAUGCGGCGGCAUUGCUCGCAUCAGAAAACGACGAAUCAUCAGCGCCAACGGGUCCUUCAGAAAACGUAGAGGAAAGGGAAUCAGUCCCAACAGAGAGUUUUGCCAUGAAGAACAGCGCAAUCGUGACCAACAGUGCAAAUAGUCAAGAAGUAGAAGUUGUUGAUGCAGCCAAAUUAUUGGCAUCCAUGGAAUGCGAUGACGAAGACGCUGUUACAGUAGAAACUGAGGUUAUGGUAGCUCCAACAUCAGUGAUUGAAGGGAACUCCGUCACUAGCAACGUUGUUGUACCAAAUAUUAUACGCGAAAAGCGUCCCCGUAUUUUUAGUCCUCACGACUUGGCUAGUAUAGCCUGGUCAGUUACGGAGCUAAGAGAUCCUCUAAGGUUGCAUAUUGUCAACGAUAUCAUAGAACUUCUGUGGAGGCUUGGACCAGACAGUAUCUGUGGUUUAUCGGGCACCGAUCUUUCCAAUCUUGCUUGGGCCAUUGCAAGAUACGAUGGAGAGAAUAAUGAUGCUUCGUCUUUAUCUAUAACCCGAUGGAUUGCCGAYCAUGCUCUGCAACGCACAGCCAAAUACGCACUACUACGAAUCUUUCAGCCCCCCGAACUUGGUAGAAUUAUGUGGGCGAUUGCAUGCACAUCUUCUACUCAUACCUCAGCACUACAUGGUGCUACUGGGAACGAAAUGGGCAGCAUUUUUUUGACACGGGAAGCGCUUAAAACGGCAUCUGAAAAUUUGACACUUUUCUCAACUGAAACCUUGGUAAGGAUAGCUUGGGCACAUCUCGAGAUCAACGAGUCCAGGUUGUCAAUGCUUGACUCCUUCGACACGAUGGCUCUUGGAAAAAUUUUGGCAGCAGCAGAGCAUUCGUUACAUCGGUGGGAGAGAGUCGACUUUGCUACUGAUGUCACGAUGGCCGAAUCGCACGCUGAAAGYCCACUAUUUUCAACAUUUUUUGGAAGGCCGAGAGUCAAUCUCCCCAUACUUGAACAAACUGUCAAUGAUGAUGACGACGAAGAUGAUCUGGCAUUAGCUCCCUUAGGACGUUCACAGCGUCCGAAACUACGAGAUCUCAUGAUUGAUCCGUCGACUUUAUGCAAAGCGGCAUGUGGCUUUCAAAGGUUAUCUAAGAAACAUCCUUACAUAAGAGGAGGAUGGACAUUUACACGAGUUGCUGUUCGAUUGCUAUCAUCGAAAAAUGCACGGCUCAUGAGGGAAUGCUCUAUUCAUGAUCUUGUGCGACUUAGCGAAGCUGUGGUUUUGAGUGAUGUUGAUGAACAUGGGAAAGAAUUGAUUACSGGACUUUUUGCUCGGAAAGUCGUAAAAGUAUUGAAUGAAAUCUUGGAAGAUGAUAUUCAGGACGGAACCUCGAUUGAUAUUGCAUCAGCAUCCUCGUCUGAGCUCAGCACACUGAUCUGGGCGCUAGGCGAGAUGGGUAUAAAAUACGUGUCAGCUGAAAAUGGARAACUCUCAAGUAAGAAAACACGUCUGAUAUCUAUUGGACCACUACUGCAAAAUAUAAGAGUCGGGUCAUUGAAUCUAGUUGCGUUGGCAAGACUUAUUCGAGGAUAUGUAUUACUUAAGAUGACACCCGAUGAGCAACCCUUUCURCUUGAAGUAUUGAACAGAAUAAACAAGGAACUACCGAGUAUUUCAACUGGAAACGAUCUUUGUAGUCUCGCUGAAGCCAUUGGAAUGCUCAAGGAAGCAACGAAGACCAGUGCCAAGAAAAAAGAAACACAACGAGAAGAUUCGCCAUUGCAACCACAACCAAGCGUUGAAGAAGGGAAUGGCAUGAAAGAAACUGAUGAUGUUGAAAAGAUUUCAGUGCAACAAAAAAUCUCUAGAUUGGUAGAUCACACGUUGAAUUCUAUUGCGGAGCUUACCAUUAGGUUGUCGGGUAAUAUGAGUGCGAAUGAAAUUCGCCGUCUUCUUGAAGUUUACUCACUUCUACCGUUCCAGGCCGAUGCAAUGAUCGGUUGCCUUUCAGAUGAGAUAUCAACUCGAUUAGCAGCGCUACAGAAUCUUAGAAAGUCCCAUUCCCUAGGUGCUCUUUUGGAGGAUGCAAAUAAGAGGAGUUCGAUUGUUAGAAGUUCUCUAUUCGACGACUCCAACACAUCUUUUUUCAGUUCGAUGAAGGCGAGGUUAGUGUCCGUGUUUGGAUCAUCAAAUGUUGAUCAAGACGAGGUGGAACGAAUCAAUGACGAGGGUACGAUAAUGACUGAAGAAAUUGCAUCAAUCGUCCAGGAGUCCAUCAGAGCUACUGUCGAUGCUACAAACCGRGCAAAAGCUGACCAAAGUGCAUUGCAGUUAUCUUUAGAUAAAAUAGUUGCGAGUCUCGAAGAGGGUGCGUCAUUCGAACUUGGUCGCUCGCAGGAAUUGAUAGAAAACUACAAUCGUACAGAAUUUUCAACGGGUGAACGCAGGAGCCGUUACGAUAAAGAUGGAAAGAACUUUAUUUCGAAGAGAGUCUUGAGCCGCCUCCUUCCGUAGAAUUGAGAACAGUGGACGCAAUAUCUUUUUGAUCGUUUGAUCCAUUGGAUUCGGGAUCUGCAACUCAGAUUUCCAAAUUUGUUCGAUGUAAUUUUAAGUAAUAGAAAAUUAUCUUCUAA